GUCAGUUAGGUAUAGAAAGAUUAUGUCGUCGAAGUAUCGAAUGAUAUCAAGUACUUUAAUGUUUCGCUAAACACGAUUAAAACAUGGGUUUGUUUGGAAAAUCACAGGAAAAAAAUCCUAAGGAAAUGGUUCAAGAAUGGACUCACAAAUUGAGAAAAGAAGGUUAUCAACUUGAUAGACAAGUUAGAGCAAUUCAGAGAGAAGAAGAAAAAGUUAAACGUUCCUUAAAAGACGCAGCAAAAAAAGGAGAUAAAGAUGUAUGCAAAAUCCUUGCAAAAGAAAUUAUAAGAGCUCGCAAAGCUUGCAAUAAGAUUUAUACUUCUAAGGCACAUUUAAAUUCUGUAUCAUUACAAAUGAAGAAUCAGUUAGCAACAAUCAGAGUUGCUGGUUCAGUCUCUAAAUCUACAGAAGUGAUGCAAGCAAUGCAGUCUUUAAUAAGAGUACCAGAAGUGGCUGCAACUAUGAGAGAAAUGUCGAAAGAGAUGAUGAAGGCAGGUAUUAUCGAAGAAAUGUUAGACGAGACGAUGGAUUCUAUUGAGGAUUCUGAAGAUAUGGAGGAUGAAGCUGAUGAGGAAGUUGAUAAGAUUUUAUGGGAAGUUACAGCUGGUCAGUUGGGUACAGCUCCUGCAGUUGUUACAGAAAAUCCUGGAAUUGCUUCUACUUCUGCAGAAGAUGAAACAGAAGAUGAUGACAAAGAACUUGAAGAGAUGAAAAACCGAUUACAAAGUCUUCGCAGUUAAAUAAAUAAUUGCAUAAUUCAAAAGUAUUUGUAUCAUACACAAAUGU